AACAACACCCAACUGGAGUCAACAACCGCGAAAGUACUCUGCGAAGAAGAUGAAUCCGAACAGCAAGCCUGUAGCGCUGUAUCCCGCCUACAUCACUCCGCAGCCGACCAUGUUGAUUGUCAAGCAACACUUCAAUGCCUCCGAUACGGGCGACUUUACCUGNNUUUCAGCUCAGAUUCGAGUAUCCUUUUCGAGGUUGUCGGGCAGCAAAAGAGUAAUAGCCGUCGGCGUCAACUCGUGGAUCCUACAACGGGCGCAUCUCUCUUUGAGCUGCGCCGACGUUACCUGAAUCUCAAGGAACAGUGGUAUCUCGAGUUCCCCGGCAUCGGGUUUAGCGACAAACAACCCAGCUUUUCGGUUGCGAUGAAGUGGAAGGGAUGGGCAAAUUUUGACAUUACCAUGGAAAACCUGGCAGCCUCUGCACCUGAGAGUGUAGUGCUCGAGAUCCGUGCUAGAUCAGCCCGUCACACGACUUGGGAUGUGAUUUUGGAAGGCCACAAUAUCAUCGAAGCUCGUAAGAUUCCGGGCGUAGAGGCACCUGGGGAGACCGCGCGAAUCCGCAACAAUCCUGCCUGGGAACUUGAUGUUGUCGCUGGUGUUGAUUUGUCGCUUGCAUCGAUCAUCGCCGUGAUAUUGACGGAUAAUAACCCAGGAAACCUCUGGAGCAGGAGUGGCCAUGCUUGA